AGAAAAGUUCGAGUCCGGUGAGCUUUGAAUCGCAAUUGUUGAAUCGAAGCCACCAUGCAGUUCAUUGAACGUCACUUUCGGCUGUCGGACAACCCCAAAGCCGCGCGAAACCUCAUACUACUUUUAGUCAUACCGCCAGUGAUCAUGCUCGUUCUCACCAUUAUGCGUAAGGCACAUCGAGGCACAAGAGCGACGCGGCAGGCUAGGGCUCUUCAUUUGUGUGUGUGUUGUGUUCAGAGGAGGCGGGUGUGCCAGUGGGGCAGACGUUCGGCAUUCGGCCUCGUUCCGCCAAGGGCUUGUUAGGAUUGAUCCUCGCUCCAUGGGCUCACUAUUCCUUCCUGCACUACGGGAGGUCAGCAACACACAAUCCCUUCGUCUCUGCCUCGUGUGCCGACCGUGUGUUGCCACGCUGUCUGACUGACUGUCUUGUGUGCAGCAACAUGAUGGGCUGGGCAGGUCUGGCGCCUGCGAUGUUGACCUAUGGCAUCCUUGUGUUCCUCUAUGCGACGGGCUUCAUUGCGGUUGUGGGGGGAUUGCUUGUGUGGGCUAUCUCACUCAAGGAUGCAGCCCACGCAGGGCUUUCCGGUGUCCUAUUCGGGUGACCCACACACGUGCACCGCGCCCCGUGUGCCUUUCUGUGUACUGACGGCGUGCCUGUCUGUCAGAUACUUGGCUUUUCUCUUGACGGCGGUCAUAUGGCAGCGUCCCGUGCGGAUAGUGAGCAUUGUGGUCAUGGUGGUGACCAUGGUGCUUUACGGGUCGCUUUUGCUCAUGUUCGUUAACAGCAGCGGAUACAACCCAGGCAAGCACAGCACAGCACACAGCACAUACAGAUCAGCACGCAUCAAUUACGAGAUGCAGCAAAGCAAGGACGUUUGCGGCAUGUAUGUUUCCCUCGCUCCAGGGGUGUCGUGGGAGAGCCAUGUCUUCGGUUUCAUAUCGGGGGUCCUAUUCGCAUGGCUGUACUUCCGCAAAUUCCGAUCAUUCGACCCCCAACAAGUGAGCCAGACCUGCCUGCACACAGGCCGAUCCCUUGUACUUACAGACCGCCCUCAAUCAGGUUGAGCUCAAGGCUUCGCAGCAGCUGCAGCAGCCGAGCAGCCAGCAGGCGUCAUACGCAGCGACAGAGGAGAAGAGGACAGUCAACCUCCAGCAGCCGACACAACCCUCUCCCGGCGUCGGCACAGGGGCAGGAUACGGUGUCCUCACCGGCAUGUUCCCCAACUUCAAUGCCGGUGAGCGGAGCUCAACCAACCCAUUCGACGACCAAGAGUCGAUACCCAGGCCGGCAGGGGCGGGACAGACGGGAUAUGGAAGGAUGUAGCCGUGAUUGGCACAUCGAGGGAGGGAGGGAGGGAGGGAGGGUCGAAAGGAGGCAGGCGUGCCGGCUGUAGCUAAGGCGAGUGGAGUGGAUGUAGGUAUGAGAUAUGGGAUUGUCGCAAUUCGAGGACGGCUGUGCAUCGUACAUUGUACAGGAGGGAGCGGAGGGGAGGGUCGUCGGCAAGUGACUCGCAGGAGCGAUCAAAUGAAUACGUUGGAAUUGCAUGCUUCCUGGGGGCCGCCCCCUCGGAAGACGCAGUCUUGGACGCUCAGCAAGUUGCAUUCCGAGUACUGCCCCGACACACACGAGCCGACUGAUGUAGGCAGGAGGACGAAGGAACGGCGCGCCACCACAUUUUCCAAUGUGUUCACACAUGCAUCAUGAUGGUGGUUGUUUGCACUGCAGAUGGAGCCGGACGAGGCCUCGGCUGCCCGUCGUCAGCAGCCCCUCCUCUCCCACGAGGAGCAGCCUCCGGCUUACGAGUCCUUCCCUAUCUCCCACACACCACCAGGCCCUCCUGCAGAGCCGCCCGUCCAGCCAGCGGCCGCCCCGCCCUCUGCGCCAGGGCCAGCUGAGGAUAUGGAAGCAGAGGGGGAUGGGCCUCGCUCACGGCACAGGACGGUGAGAGUGUCUGAAGCGCCGACACACAGCACGUCAUCCACGGGGAGGCAGGAGAGCAGCACGACAAGCUUGUCUUCGAGGUUUUGGCAGUCCAUAUGGUUGUCGCGGCGGCACAUGACUAAUGAAGGCACCACUGGGCAGCCUCCAUGGUGUGUGAGAAAGCACAUGGGCAGACAAACAGCUGCGGAUGCCAUCCAUUCAUAUGCGCGGGAGAUGGAUGCGAUGCGAUGCAUGUGUGGCAUGGCAGGGGGGGCGGCGAGGAUGGGGAUGAUCAGCAUCGGCUGGAGUUGGUGGUGGGGGCACGAAGGCAGAGCACAUCCAUGAUACGAUACACCGUCAAUAAGGAGUCAGCCACCGCACCGCAAGACACGACACACACCUACAGCAUAUACAUGAUUGACUCGACACACUUCUUGUGCUGUGCCCGUUGUUGUGUGUUGUCUUUCUUGCUCGUCAGUGUGAUUCCAAAGUGUGUGAGGCUCUUCGCCGAGGGCUACGACAAGGGCGAGCGUGGUGCGGACAUCGGUCGGCGCGAAAUGUGGGAGCGUCACGGCAGCUCCAUGCACUUCAUCACACUCGAAUUCCGAGACAGAGAUGUAGAGGUAGGUAUACCGUGGUGUCUCUUUCUCUUUUCUCGCUUCGCCUGCAUCCAUUCCCAUCCAUGGCUUCUUGCCAUGUGGUGUCUCUGUCUGCCUGUCUGUCUGCCUGUCUGUCUGCUGUCUUCGCAACUGCAAAAAAAAGCGCAAGUUCCAGGAGGAUUUUGUGCGUCGCAGCAAGAAGCUCGUCGAGGCGGGACUCUGGAUAUGCACCAUAUUUGGUGGGCGUGGCGGCCACCCACACCAGGCGGCAUGGAGACACUUUGAUAUGCCCUGAUUUUGCCAACUUAAGGUGUGGCGCUGACCAUCUCGGGUCCCGUCUCUCAGCUGCUGAAAAAGAAGACUAGCGCGCUGUUCCCACACGUCAUGGUGAAUAAUGCUCUCUGCAAUCCACUUCACGACAUCACUUGACCAUUCGGUGCCGUGGGGUGGGUGUGUUGUCUUGUGUUGAUGGGGUCAGGUGUUUUCUAUUCCCUGGACCACAGCGUGCCUGCUUCUCAGAUACGUCCACAAAGGUCGAUCCGUCCCACUCGCACACGCACACGCACACGCCACCACCACACAACACAUGGAUGGAUGGAUGGAUGUGUCCAUUCCAUUGCAGCCUUCUUCCAGCGGCAUCUGCAGGGCCUGAUGACCAUCAUGGUCCUCGGCGCCACGUGAGCACACCACACAGACAUGCGAUGCGAUGCGUGCCUGUAUGUGUAUGUGUUUCAGUCGUAUAUGGACGUAUCCAUUUAUGUAUUGCGUUCAGGGUGACGAUGGAGAUGGCGAACGCAUUCCCGAAAGUGCCUAUUUCACGGACGGGCAAGGAGGCCGACAACGUCAUAUUCUUCCUCCUCAUGGCUGCCACAUUCUUCAGACUCAGGUCGGGCAGUCGGAGGGAUCCUGUCGGCUGUCUCGAUCAAAUGAUUUGUCGUCCGUGUGUCUGACAGGUUUGUGUCGUUUCUGAUGACCAGCAUCAUUGUGUGGAGCAUCUAUGUGGUGAGUGAGUGAUCAUGACAUGAGUGGAUGAUUAAGCAAGAGCCAGGACGGACCAGCACCGACAGUCCUUUGCGGAUGCGUGUGUCGCAUAUGAUGUGCAUGUGCAGUGGGAGGACGUCGCGAUGGGGGGGCGUAGGUGGUGGCGAGUCUACUGGUGGACGGUGAGUUGAGUGGGCAUAUCCCCACACGCAACGCAAGCAACGCAAUGCAGACAGACAUGUUGCAAGAACCUUCCCGCCCUUCUGUGUGUCGAUACAUAUCAGUUUCAUUUGUGCCGUGGAGUGUUGGUCGGAGUUAUCAACUACACCCUGGAAGUGCAGGCGCGACAAGACUUCGUACUGACCAGCGUGGUGCGCUACCACAUACUCUAUCAAACACACACCUACCGCCCAGCACGCCAUGCGUGUAUGGGUACAUGUGUUGUAGGUUGUGCGUGAGAGUGUGCGGUCUGAUUCGCUGCUGGCCAACAUCCUGCCCAAACAUGUGAUCAAGAAAUUCAUGACCGCCGCCACCACAGGCGAAGAGUGAGUCGGACGGCCUGGCCGAAAAAGUUAUUUUUCUUGUGUAACGAACGUGUCAGGUUGAACAUGGCGGAGGCCUUCGACAUGGCCACCAUCCUCUUCUCGGGUACACACCAACAGACAGACAGCCAGACAGACAGACAGGCAGGCAGGCAGAGCGCACAUGCAACAAACUGUAAGCAUUGAUUCCUGCAUGCAUGUGUCAUUCAGACAUCGUUGGCUUUACUGUCAUGUCCUCCCGCGUGUCUCCAAUCAAGUACCAGCCACCGCACACAGGGGGAAGCUAGGAACCCUUCCAAUGGCUCCAAUGGCAUGCGUACGUGCAUCAGGUUGGUGAGUUUGUUGAAUCGCAUCUUUGUGGUGUUCGACCGCAUCGCCGCCAAGAACCACCUUGAGAAGAUCAAGACCAUCGGUGACGCCUACAUGGUGGCGGGCGGGCUGCCGGUGCCCUCCAGGCACCACGCACACAACUGCUGCAGAAUGGGCCUCCAAAUGCUGGUACGUGUAGGUGGAAGGAAUCGUGCAGUCAGUCGAUCACUCUCCGUUUGUGUUUGUGUGUCUGGUGUAGAGGGACGUGACCCGAUUCACGAGUGACCUGGGCGACCCUAUCAAGAUUCGUGUUGGAAUACACAGCGGUAAGUGACUGAUCGGGAAACAUUGGCUGGAGUCGUCAAAGCAAUGAGACCCCCUGCGUGGAUUUUCAGGUCCUUGUGUGGCUGGCGUCAUCGGCCAUUCUAAAUUCUCAUACUACAUCUGGGGUGGGCGACCGAAGCACUCAGUUUGUGUGGUCUGGGCCAUGCAUCAUCCCUUAUGCGUAUGUCCCUUCUGUCUGCCUGCAGGCGAUGCCGUCAAUGUCGCCGCCCGCAUGGAGGUAGGUACUGUACACUGCCAGGCCGUUCACGAACAGCGGGCGGUUUGUGUCUCGUACGUAUGUGUGCAGUCUCAUGGCGAGGCGGGUCGCGUGCACAUUUCCGAGUCGACAUAUUCCGUUAUCCAAGAUGACUUCGACUGCCAGCCUCGCGGGGAGGUGUUUGUCAAGGGCAAAGGUACACGCUGCAUAGCAGCACACACACACACACACUCAUAAGCUAGGCCGCCCCGCCCUAUGUUUGUAUGGAUACCUUCGUUCAGGUCAGAUGUGCACCUACUGGGUGCUUGCGGAGAGAGACCACUCGAAAGCCAGACGACGCACAUCUACUGCCACACGCAGAACGGUGGGGCGGCACAGUCCAGGCAGGGAGGGAUAUAUGUAUGUGUUGACUCGUCUGUCUGUCUGUCUGUCUGUCUGCAGACGACGAGCGGUGUGUAUGAGCCAGCGAGCGGCACAGCCGUGUCUCUGGAAGACGUGUCGUGGGAGGAGGAGCUGGAAGAGGAAGAGGAGGGGGAAGGGGAGCAGGAGGAGCAAGAGGAGGCCGAACCCAUCCCCGUACCCCCACUACCGCAGCUCGAGUCACACACAUCCGUGUGAUGGCCUGACUCUUGACACCGUUUUUCUUUCGUAUCUCUAGCUAUCUGUGGCACCCAGCCAGGCAAUGGGACCGACAGAGCGGAUUGAGUUUAUGUGACGUGUCUAUGUGACGUGAGUGUAUCUGUGGAUGGAAUAGUAUGCCCUGACCGAACAAGCCGUCUCAGUAAGAUAUACAAAGG